AUGUGCGGCGCCGACAUGGCGCUGUUCCCUACGGCGCUCCGUAGAGCUCUCUCUGUGAGCUCCACGUAGGCCGCGCAGGCGCCCUUGGCGCACCGUUCACCUGCUGCCGUUGUCGCCGCCGCCGCCGCCGCUGCCGGGGCUGGAUGGGGGGCCGAGGGCAGCUAGGGGCACCCGGAAGAAAGAGACGCGGCGGCGGCGACGCCGACACCCGCAGGACGAGUGUCCACACUCGCCCGCAAGCUCAAGGAGGAGGCGGCGAGGCUGGGCCCAGCUGUCCCUGGUGUAGAGAAGCCGCUGUCGCCGCCGCGGCCGGGACACCCCGGACUCUUGUCCCUCAGGUCUCAUUCACACUCAGGACCCUGCGCUGCGCCAUGUUCAAGAAACUGAAGCAAAAAAUCAGCGAGGAGCAACAGCAGCUCCAGCAGGCGCUGGCUCCUACUCAGGCUUCCUCCAAUUCUUCAACACCAGUAAGAAACAGGAGCAGGACAUCUUCAUUUACAGAGCAACUUGAUGAAGGUACACCCAAUAAAGAGAAUGCAUCUACCCAGGCUACAAAAUCUCCUGACAGUGUUAAUGGAAGUGAACCAACUACUCCUCAGUCAGGUGACACACAGUCUUUUGCUCAGAAGAUCCAGCUCCGGGUCCCUUCCAUGGAGUCUUUGUUUCUAAGUCCGAUAAAGGAAUCUCUAUUCCGAUCUUCUUCUAAAGAGUCUUUGGUACGAACGUCUUCCAGAGAGUCCCUGAAUCGACUUGACCUAGACUUUUCUGCUGCCACCUUUGAUCCACCCUCUGAUAUGGAUAGCGAGGCCGAAGACUCCCAAGGGAAUUCAGACAGUCUCAGUAAAGAACAGUUGAUUCACCGGUUGCAAAGAAUGGAACGAAGCUUAAGUAGCUACAGAAGAAAAUAUUCUGAGCUUGUUACAGCGUAUCAGACACUUCAGAGAGAGAAGAAAAAAUUACAAGGUAUAUUAAGUCAGAGUCAGGAUAAAGCACUUCGGAGAAUUGGAGAGUUAAGAGAGGAGCUCCAAAUGGACCAGCAAGCAAAGAAACAUCUCCAAGAAGAGUUUGAUGCAUCUUUAGAGGAGAAAGAUCAGUAUAUCAGUGUUCUCCAAACUCAGGUUUCUCUGCUGAAGCAACGAUUACGAAAUGGCCCUAUGAAUGUUGAUAUACCAAAACCACUUUCUCAGAUGGAACCACAGGCUGAAAGCUUUACUAAAGAAGAGAAUACGGAGAGUGAUGUAGAGCCAGUAGUGGGAGAUGGAGCUUCUGCUAAAACACUGGAAACACUCCAGCGAAGAGUUAAGCGUCAAGAGAAUCUUCUUCAGCGUUGUAAGGAAACAAUUCAGUCGCAUAAGGAACAAUGUACACUAUUAACCAGUGAAAAAGAAGCUCUGCAAGAACAACUAGAUGAAAGACUUCAAGAACUAGAAAAGAUGAAGGACCUCCAUAUGGCUGAGAAGACUAAACUCAUCACUCAGUUGCGUGAUGCAAAGAACUUAAUUGAGCAGCUUGAGCAAGAUAAGGGAAUGGUAAUAGCAGAGACAAAACGUCAGAUGCACGAAACCUUGGAAAUGAAAGAAGAAGAAAUCGCUCAACUUCGUAGUCGCAUCAAACAGAUGACUACCCAGGGAGAGGAAUUACGGGAACAGAAAGAAAAGUCUGAAAGAGCUGCUUUUGAGGAACUUGAAAAAGCCUUGAGUACAGCCCAAAAAACAGAGGAAGCACGGAGAAAAAUGAAGGCAGAAAUGGAUGAACAAAUAAAAGCUAUGGAAAAAACAAGUGAGGAGGAACGCAUCAGUCUUCAACAGGAAUUAAGUCGGGUGAAACAGGAGGUUGUUGAUAUAAUGAAAAAAUCCUCAGAAGAAAAAAUUGCUAAACUACAGAAGCUUCAUGAAAAGGAGCUGGCCAGCAAGGAGCAGGAACUCACCAAGAAGUUACAGACCCAAGAAAGGGAAUUUCAGGAGCAAAUGAAAAUAGCUCUUGAAAAGAGUGAAUCAGAAUAUCUGAAGAUCACCCAAGAAAAAGAACAGCAAGAAUCUUUGGCCCUGGAAGAGUUAGAGUUGCAGAAAAAGGCAAUCCUUACAGAGAGUGAAAAUAAAUUUCGGGAUCUUCAACAAGAAGUGGAGACUUACAGAACUAGAAUUCUUGAAUUGGAAAGUUCUUUGGAAAAAAGCUUAGAAGAAAGCAAAAAUCAAUCAAAAGAUCUAGCUCUUCAUUUGGAAGCUGAAAAAAAUAAGCACAAUGAAGAAAUUACAAUCAUGGUUGAAAAACACAAGACAGAAUUGGAAAGCCUGCAGCAUCAGCAGGAUAACCUUUGGACUGAAAAACUCCAAGUCUUAAAGCAACAGCAUCAGACUGAAAUGGAAAAACUUAGAGAAAAAUGUGAGCAAGAAAAAGAAACAUUGUUGAAAGACAAAGAGAUUCUCUUCCAGGCCCACAUAGAAGAGAUGAAUGAAAAGACUUUAGAAAAGCUUGAUGUGAAGCAAACAGAACUGGAAUCAUUAUCUUCUGAACUAUCAGAAGUAUUAAAAGCCCGUCAAAAGCUACAAGAGGAACUUUCUGUUCUAAAGGAUCAAACAGAUAAUAUGAAACAGGAAUUAGAGGCCAAGCUGGAUGAGCAGAAAAAUCAUCAUCAGCAAGAAGUUGACAGUAUCAUUAAAGAACAUGAGAUAUCUAUCCAGAGAACUGAGAAGGCAUUAAAAGAUCAGAUUAAUCAACUUGAGCUUCUCUUGAAGGAAAAGGACAAGCAUCUGGAACAGCAUCCAGCUCACAUAGAAAAUUUAGAGGCAGAUAUUAAAAGGUCUGAAGGGGAACUGCAGAAGGCAUCUGCUAAGCUGGAUCUGUUUCAGUCAUACCAGAGCACCACAGAUGAGCAAAGCAAAGCAUAUGAGAAACAGUUGGCCCAAUUACAGCAGAAAUUGUUGGAUUUGGAAACAGAAAGAAUUCUUCUUACCAAGCAGGUAGCUGAAGUUGAAACACAAAAGAAAGAUACUUGUGUUGACUUAGAUACUCACAAAUUCCAGAUGUGGGACAUAAUGUACCAACUUGAAAACCAGAACAGUGAAAUGGAACAAAAAAUAAAAUCUUUAACCCAACUGUAUGAGUCAUCAAAGCAAAUCUUGAUGGAAAAGGAAAAUGUAAUUUUACAAAUGAGAGAAGGACAGAGCAAAGAAAUUGAGAUACUCACACAGAAAUUGUCAGCCAAGGAGGACAGUAUUCGUCUUUUGCAUGAGGAAUAUGAAAGCAAAUUUAAAAAUCAAGAAAAAAAGAUAGAAAAAAUUAAGCAGAAAUCAAAGGAGAUGCAAGAAACGUUAAAGAAGAAAUUGUUGGAUCAGGAAGCCAAACUUAAAAAAGAGCUUGAAAAUACUGUUCUAGAGCUUAGUCAGAAAGAAAAACAGUUCAAUGCCAAAGUGUUGGAAAUGGCACAGGCUAACUCAGCUGGAAUCAAUGAUGCAGUAUCAAGACUGGAAACAAACCAAAAGGAGCAAAUAGAAAGUCUUACCGAGGUUCAUCAGCGAGAACUCAAUGAUGUCAUAUCAAUUUGGGAAAAGAAACUUAAUCAGCAAACUAAAGAACUUGAGGAAAAACAUGAAAUGCAAUUACAGGAGAAAGAACAAGAAGUAGCAGAAUUGAAGCAGAAGAUCCUCAUAUUUGGGUGUGAAAAAGAAGAGAUGAACAAGGAAAUAACGUGGCUGAAGGAAGAGGGUGUUAAGCAGGAUACAACAUUAAAUGAAUUACAGGAACAAUUAAAGCAGAAGUCUGUUCAUAUCGAUACUCUCUCACAAAAUGAAACUAAACUGAAAGCACAACUUGAAAAGCUGGAGGUUGACUUGAAUCAUUCUCUGAAGGAAAACACUUUUCUUCAAGAGCAGUUAGUUGAACUGAAGAUGCUGGCAGAAAAAGAUAAGCUUAAGAUUUCUGAGUUGACUGAUAAGUUGAAAACCACAGAUGAAGAACUCCAGAGAUUGAAAUCUUCAUAUGAAAGAAGUAACAAAAGCCUAGAGGACAAAAGCUUGGAAUUCAAAAAACUGUCCGAGGAACUAGCAAUUCAGCUAGAUAUUUGCUGUAAGAAAACUGAAGCCUUACUGGAAGCUAAAACAAAUGAGCUAAUCAACAUUAGUAGCAGUAAAACAAAGGCCAUUCUCGCUAGGAUUUCCCAUUGUCAACACCACACAAGUAAAGUUAAGGAGGCACUAUUAAUGAAAACUUGCAAAGUUUCUGAAUUAGAAGCACAACUUAGACAACUAACAGAGGAGCAAAAUACGCUAAAUACUUCUUUUCAACAGGCUACCCGUCAGUUAGAAGAAAAAGAAAAUCAAAUUAAGAGCAUGAAGGCUGAUAUUGAUGGUCUUGUAACAGAAAAAGAAGCCCUACAGAAGGAAGGAGGCAAUCAGCAACAGGCUGCUUCUGAAAAGGAGUCUUGUAUCACACAGUUGAAGAAAGAGUUAUCUGAAAACAUCAACGCUGUCACAUUGAUGAAAGAAGAACUUAAAGAAAAAAAAUCUGAGAUUAGCAAUCUUAAUAAACAACUAACUGAUUUGAACAUUCAACUUCAAAAUAGUAUCAGCUUAACUGAAAAAGAAGCAGCCAUUUCAUCACUAAGUAAGCAAUAUGAUGAAGAAAAACGUGAAUUGCUGGAUCAGGUGCAGGCUUUAUCUUUGAAAGCUGAUACUCUGUGUAAAGAGAAAAUUUCUGCUCUUGAACAGGUAGAUCACUUGUCCAAUAAAUUCUCAGAAUGGAAGAAGAAAGCACAGUCAAAAUUUACACAGUAUCAAAACACUAUUAAAGAAUUACAGAUGCUACUUGAGUUAAAAACAAAGGAAGCACAUGAAAAGGAUGAGCAGAUAACUUCACUGAAGGAAGAGCUUGAUCAGCAAAAUAAAAGAUUUGAAUGUUUAAAGGAUGAAAUGGAAGAUAAGAAAAGCAAGAUGGAGAAAAAGGAGUAUAAUUUAGAGAUUGAGUUAAAGACUCACACAACAAGAAUCGUGGAAUUAGAGGACCAUAUUACCCAGAAAACAAAUGAAAUUGAGUCCUUAAGUGAAGUUCUUAAAAAUUACAAUCAACAAAAGGAUAUUGAGCAGAAAGAAUUGGUUCAGAAACUUCAGCGUUUUCAAGAGUUAGGAGAAGAAAAGGACAACAGAGUUAAAGAAGCUGAGGAAAAGGUUUUAAGACUUGAAAAGCAAGUGUCUUCCAUGAAAGCUGAACUUGAAACUAAGAAGGAGGAAUUGGAACAUGUGAAUUCAAGUGUGAAAAGCAAAGAAGAGGAGUUACAGGCACUGGAAAAUAGACUUGAAUUAGAAAGUGCAGCAAAAUUAGCAGAACUGAAGAAAAAAGCUGAACAAAAAAUUGCUGCCAUUAAGAAGCAGUUGUUAUUGCAAAUGGAAGAGAAAGAACAGCAAUAUAAAAAAGGUACAGAAAGCCAUUUGAAUGAGCUAAAUGCAAAAUUGCAGGAAAGAGAGAGGGAAGUUCACAUCUUGGAAGAAAAACUUAAAUCAGUGGAAAGUUCACCACACUCGGAAGCACCAGUUGUACCCAGAUCAGCAAAAAAUGUGGAAGCAUGUACUGAGCAAGAAGAAGCAGAUUCCCAAGGCUAUGUGGAGAAGGCAUAUGAAGAAAAAAUCAGUGUUUUACAAAGAAAUUUAACUGAAAAAGAACAGCUAUUGCAGAGGCUAGAGCAGGAAAAAGAAGAGACAGUUUGUUCUCAUUCUGAAAUGCAAUGCAAAUACCAGGAGCUCUUGAUAAAGUUGGAACGUGCCGAAGCAAAGCAACAUGAGGAUCAAGUUAUAAUAGAUCAUCUUCAAGAAGAACUUGAGGAAAAAAACAAGAACUAUUCCUUGAUGGUAUCCCAGCAUGUAGAAGAAGAGAGAUGUAAAAAUAACAUAGGGGCAAAGCAAAAUUUAGAAAAUGUUGUCCAGAAAAGCCUCCAGGAGAAGGAACUAACCUGUCAGAUCUUGGAGCAAAAGAUAAAAGAACUGGAUGUCUGCUUAGUAAGAGAGAAGGAAGUACAUAGAGUUGAAAUGGAAGAGUUGACCUCAAAAUAUGAAAAAUUACAGGCUUUACAACAGCAGAUGGAUGGAAAACAUAAUCCCACUGAAGUUUUGGAAGAAAGUACUGAAGAAAAGUCCAAAUCACGUGUGGUUCAACCCAAAUUGCUUAGUAACACGGAAGCCCAGCACAAUGACCUGGAGUUUAAAUUAGCAGAUGCAGAGCGGGAGAAACAGAAACUGAGCAAGGAGAUUGCGAGAUUGCAGAAAGAUCUCCGAAUGCUAAGAAAGGAGCAUCAGCAAGAAUUGGAUAUACUAAAGAAAGAAUGUGAACAAGAAAUGGAAGAGAAAAUCAAACAGGAGCAGGAAGAUCUUGAAUUGAAGCACAAUUCCACAUUAAAACAGCUGAUGAGGGAGUUUAAUACACAGCUGGCACAAAAGGAACAGGAGCUGGAAAUGACCAUAAAAGAAACUAUCGAUAAGGCCCAGGAGGUAGAGGCUGAACUUUUGGAAAGCCAUCAAGAAGAGACAAAUCAGUUACAUAAGAAAAUUGCAGAGAAAGAUGACGAUCUAAAAAGAACAGCCAGAAGAUAUGAAGAAAUCCUUGAUGCUCGUGAAGAAGAAAUGACUGCAAAAGUAAUGGACCUGCAGACUGAACUUGAGGAGCUGCAGAAGAAAUAUCAGGAAAAGCUACAGCAGGAGGAGAACCCUGGCAAUGAUCAUGUAACAAUUAUGGAGCUACAGACACAGUUAGCACAGAAGACAACUCUAAUCAGUGAUUCAAAAUUGAAAGAGCAAGAGUUCAGAGAACAGGUACAGCCUAAUUGGAUUUCACCAUAUAGUAAGAAAGUGGAGCUGUACUCACUUAACCAUAAUAGGAUGAAGAAUGUAACCAUGGCAAAAGUUAUAACCACUGUACUGAAGUUCCCUGAUGAUCAGACUCAGAAAAUUUUGGAAAGAGAAGAUGCUCGGCUAAUGUUUACUUCACCUCGCAGUGGUAUCUUCUGAAUAAACCAUCAAUCUGUGCUUAGUUAGCAUGUGUCAUGGCUCAGAUCUUCAUCUUGAAGAAAUGGGGAGAGUGACGAUGGGUGACUGCUGCUUGGAAACCUGUCCACAUUGCUACUCUUUGAGAAUGAAGCUGUUCUUCAGGGUCGCUCACGUAGCAAAAAGACCCAAGAAAAAUCUGGCCCAUAGAUUUAUCGCAGGCUGCCUUUAAAAUAGAUUUUAUCAAUGGAGAAAUGGUGAUAGUUUUUUCUUUUUUCUUCAAUUUUCUGUUGGGAAGAGUUUUAUGUUUAAAAGAUAUUUUGAAUAACUUAACCUGAUUUAUGGGCUUACUUAAUGUUCCUUUGUUCUUUUUAUCCCUCUUUUUAAAGAACUGCUUGCCUUUCCUAUUUAUUUUUAGGGUGAUUUUUUUUUUUUUCAAAGACUUGUGCAAUAAAUUUUGAGGUGAAACUUAGUGGAUUUUUCUGAUAAACUAGAGCAUUUAAUUGACUAUUUUAUUCAGAUUGAUUUGUUGACUAUUUGCUAAAGACUAUUUGCUAGUUCUUUAAGCUAUGACAUAUGAUAAAUCCCAAAUGGCAGUACCUCAUUGUUUACUUAGCUUUUGUACUUAUAUUUUUCAGAGGAAAAAAUACUACUGUAAAUUGUAAAUAGUCAAUACAUAACUGUAUUGUAUGCAGAUCUGUGACUGUUGGCAAUGUCAUCUUGGAGGAACAGAUAAAUAAAGUUUAUUUACUAUAUAA